AUGGGUGAUAUACAUCUUGUCGGAGUUCCCGUGCCCCAUCUUGGUCUAAGUGUUUGGAAGACCGCUCGACGGAAUUUCUUGACUGUCAUAGAGCAAGGGCACGAAGCCUGGAGGCUGUCUCUGGGGCAGAAUCCGACAAAGCUAGAGCCAGGAUUACAUCUCAACAUUCCGGUCUUUCAUAUUAUCCAGAGACUUCGGUUCGGCGCAUUCUUUUAUGAUCUAGGAGGGUUUACUAGUGACAAUGUGCCCGUCCUGGUCUCUGGGUCGUUGUUUUAUCGCGUUAACGACUCGUAUCAUGCAUGCUUCUCUGUCAACAAUUUCAAGGACAAUGUAAGAAAUAUUGGCACCUCGGCGAUCCGUUCCAUCCUCGGCCACUUCUCUUAUGACAAUGUGAUAAGUGACAGGAACAAGACGAAUAAGAAGUUACACGAAACAAUCGGAAGCAGUAUUGAGAAGUGGGGCGUCGAAUGUACACGGUUCGAGAUCCAAACAUUCAAGCCAUUGAACCGAGAACGGGAGCGUCGUAAACAACUUCUGGACACCCAGGCGCUUGUCAAUGUCGCCGAAGGGCAUAAACAAAGGACGAUACUGGAAUCAGAAGGAGCAUCCGUAAAUCAAGGACAGGCCUUAGCUCAGCCAAUGAGCAUCGUAGCAUCAGCGCUCGCUGGCGAAAAUAAGGCGGCAACCUUACAAGACAGGUCGAAAGCUCUCGAAGUGCUGGUCGAGCUACGAAGACUGGAACAGCUGAAGGCGAUAGCCCAAGGAUCAGGGAACACGACCUAUUUCUUGGAUCCAUUGAAGGUCGGACGGGACGCCUAUGGCGUCGAUAACAUGGAAAAGUGGAAGCGGAGUCAGGAUGACAGCGAGCAAGCUGUCCCUGCUGUCGAGCAUCGUCUCUCUUCUCGUCCUACUUCCAGGACAUUGUGA